UCAGCCAUGAGAAUAAGGAAGCAUGCCAAAAUUUCCCCGCUCCACUAUGCUUCUUCCGUAUUUCUCCAACAGCACGGUGCCCUUUUACAGCCCCACGUUUGUCAGCUCAAUCAGUCUCCAUGGGAUGUUAUCACAUUCCCCGCUGAAGAUUUACAAAACGAUAAUAUUAUUAACCACCACACACUUCCUCCUCCUCCGGCACCGGCGCCGUCUUCUUCUUCUUACAAGUUGGAUGGAUAUGAUAGUUGCGCUGUAAAUGGGACCUUUUAUGAUUCUGAACUGAGUAGCAUCACGUCAAUGAAGCUUGAGGUGAAUGAUAGUAAGAGGAAAGAGAUGGAUUAUUUGGAGAAUAAUAAUAUAGUCUCUGAUGUUCCUGCUGAUUCCGGCAAUUUCGACAAGGAUGGAAAUGCUAAUAUUACAACAAUGUGCGUGAAGAAUGACGGAAAGGGAUGGCAAUGCAGUAGAGAAUCGAAAAGAGGGCAUAAUUUAUGUGAGCACCAUUUUGCUCAAGUACUGAAGAAGCAAUACAGUAGUAGCAACAACGAAUCAGCUCAUUCUACUACUACUAGUACUGCUGCUGGGCCUGUGGCGGCAGCUGAGAUGACUCAGAGUUCUCGCGGCCGCCCACAUCGUCCUAAGAAAUCGUCGAGUUCCGAAUUUUACUAUUAUUCGGGUUUUGGUCCUCUAUGGGGCAAAAAAAGAGGUUCGUCGUCGACUGGGAAGUCUACUCAGGGAGCACAAUCUUCAUCUUCUCAAAUGGAUAAUGAAGGAUUUGACUAUAUUGAAGACGAUAAUGAUGAUGAUGAAGAAGUUGAAAACAGUAAGCUGAAGAUCAAAAGAACCCGUAAGCCCAUCAAAGCUAGGUCACUCAAAUCUUUAAUGUGA